UUUUCUCCUUUCUUCUCCCUUAACUUGGAUUGGUAAUGGUCUGAGUCUUCUUCCUUUGGAUUUUUUUUUUAAAACAGAGAUCAAGCACUUUUACAGUUGGAGAGCAACUCUUCGCGGUCUUUAUACCUAUCUUUGCCAUUUUUGACUUCCUCUUAAUGCUAUGAUUGCCAUCGCUGUUCGCCUCAUAUAUGUCAGCAGUAUAACAAUGUAUUGCAACACAUCAAAAUUGUAUCAAAUUCAACCAUGUGAAAUAUCAUUUUCUGAAAAAAAAUUUAGAUUCACUUAUUUGUCAUGUGUUUGUUUAUUUUAAAUUUUGUUAGAUUCAAAUCACUUUUAUUAAGAUUAUUUUAACUGGUUUUUGAUGAAAUAAAUAUUUUUAGAAUAAAAUAUAUCAAGACUUAAAAUAUAUAAGUAUUUAAAUGUCUAAUCUGAAUAAUAAAAUUCAAAUUAAAAUCCAAAAUAAGCUAAAAGUAAAAUAUAAAUUGUAAUAAAUUAUCGAUAACAAAAUUAAUCUACUGCCAACUCACAUCAAAUAGUUUUAUUAAUAGAUUCAUAAUCCAAAUGAUCAUAUGAUCUUUUUAUUUUUGAAAAAAAAACUUAACUUUUUAAUCUAGAAUAUAAAACAUAUUCUAGUAAUGUAAUUGAAAUUUUUUAGAAAAAUUAUUAAAAGUUAUUUAUUGGUCCAACCACUAGUUGAACUGGAAGUCUAGUUCUGGAGUUUAACGGGGUUUUUUUGUGGGAUUUACCGAGUUUUUAAAAUAAUAAUUUUUUUUUCUACAACGAAACCAGAUUACAUACCGAGUAAACCGGUUCGACCGCUGGUCCAGGUCGGGUUUCAAAACACUGAAUAUGAUUAUAGCUUGUUCUGAAUCUGGUUUAAAACGUUUUUAUUCAUGUUGGAUAUUGUUGUUGUUGCUGCUGAUUAUAAGAUUAUGCGUCCUUGAAUGAAAAUGGAGCCAUGUUUUGUAUGUUGGGAGUAUCAGAAUUUGUUCCCUUGAAUCAUUGCCAAUUUUCAUCAAAAUCUUAAUUAUGUUUUUAUCAAGCUUCAAACAUGAUCUUACUUGACUAAUGCACAAGGAGUGACCACUUAAUUAGAACGAUGUAAAAUCUACUAAUUAAUUUCUAUGUAGAGGCUGUAUAUGUUGAAAAAGAGUAGCCAACCAUUUUCUUUCCAUCUUUUUGGAAAGUAAAAGCAAUUAUAUAAAUUUGCUAUAUAACAACAUAUAAAAGAUUUCCAACACAUCUAACUUUCAAGACCAAAUGUUUUUAGGUUCAUGUUUAGACAGAAGCUGACAUGACUUUGAAGCCAUUUGAAAAGAACACCACUCCUUGAAUAUAUGAAGCUCUUGUUCCAGACACAGUCGUUCAUUACCAUUCAGUUAUGACGGCGCUCGUUAUUCACGAUAUUUAGUGAUAAUUAUCACUGAAUCUUGCAGCGUCGAGUCCCUCUUGUAAAGGUGUUGGGCAAUGUCUAUUAUAAACAGACACCAUUUGAGCUUGCGUAAGUCAAUCGUGCUGAGAGUUUUGCAACAUUUAUUGCAUUGCUUGGUCGACAUCUUCGUCUUCUUGAAGGUUGAAUGUGUUCACCUCCACCUCCCAUCAUGGAGAAUCUUUGCAAAGAGCGAAAAGUUUGGAUCUUUUUUUGCGGAAAAAAAAAGUUUGAAUCUUCUUGUAAAUACAAUUGCUCUCGCAAGAUGUUGUAUCUAUCUUUUUAGAGUGCCACCUUAGCAUAGCCUAUCCCAAAUUUUGACACAUGUCCUCAUAGAAAAUGUUUUCUCGGUUUCAUGAUGGCUAUUGGGCGAAUUUGUUCAUUUUGAUUAUGUAAUAGGCUCUUUCUACAAUGUCACUGUAGGCCCAUUCGUUUUUAGGAUUUAUCUUCAUCUUCCAUAUUCAGUAGACUGGAGAGUGAAACCAGCUUGACGAUUACGAUAUCACCUCCUCCUUUAACGCCUUAAAUCAUCUCCUUUAAUCUACAUUUAUCUAAGCAUUUAUGUAUUUUUCACCAUUCCUCCCACUAUCAGACAUCAAAACGACACUACCAUGCUCUAUGGUAACGAACUUGAGCAGCUCCUAUAAAUGUGUUCGUUCGUGGCCAUUGAUGUCACCAGUUAAGAAUGAUUAACUCUAGUAGUCCUAGCUAUAAUAGAUAUGCAUAUCUGAAACUAUGCUAUUCUAACUUGUCUAGAAUUACAAGUCUUAGUUUUUCUAUUGAAUAAAAUACAAAAGUAGAAUACAAGGAUGAGUACUGGAGUUGAAUACAAACAUACAAUACUGGAGUCCAAAACCCACAAAACAGAACUCAAGCCCAUAAUGGAGUCUAAAAUCCAGAAAGUGAUAUAAAGCCCAAAACAACAACACUCAUGAGACAACAUAAACAAAAACUAAAAAUGUCGUCGGGGACCACAAAAACACAAAAGACGAAAAGACAAAACAACUGAACUGAAAGCGAAAUGACCAAUCUAAGACGAAACACCUUAGCCUACUUAAUUGGAUCUGCGUGAUUUGGAUGACGUGACGCAAAAAUCGAAAGAGCUUUUCCUUUUUUGGUUCUAUAACCUCAAAUUCAAAAGGAUUUCGAGACUUUUGAUGUGAUUUUAACACCGUCUUCUAAGAGCAAAGAAGGAAGAAGAGGAGGAAGGACAGUCAACCAGUGAAUCAUGGACUUGCCGGGAGUUUCCUCUAGAUCAAGCUCUCUUACUGUUGGAGAGCAACUCUGUGCCGUCUUCAUACCUCUCUUCGCCAUUUUUGAUUUCCUAUUCUCCACCGUUGGACAAUGCUUCGAUUGCCGCAGCCGCCGUUCGCCUCAGAUAUGUCAGCAGGAGAAUUUGUCUCUUCUUGAGCUUGACUCUCCGUCAGUUUCAGUCAAUGAAGUUGAAGCAUUGUAUGAGUUAUUCAAGAAACUUAGCUGUUCGAUCAUUGAUGACGGCUUGAUUCACAAGGAAGAGCUUCAGCUAGCGAUUUUCCAAGCUCCAUACGGCGAGAACCUCUUUCUUGAUAGGGUUUUUGAUUUGUUCGAUGAAAAGAAGAAUGGAUUUAUAGAGUUUGAGGAAUUUAUACACGCGUUGAGUGUGUUUCAUCCCUAUGCACCAAUCGAAGAGAAAAUCGACUUUGCAUUUAGGCUCUAUGAUCUAAGACAAACUGGAAUUAUUGAGCGAGAAGAGGUGCAUCAGAUGGUGGCUGCAAUUCUCAUGGAAUCUGAAAUGAUUAUGUCUGAUGAACUUCUCACCAUGAUUAUUGAUAAAAUUCUGACAAAGACGGUAAAAUAAGCAAGGAGGAAUGGAAAGUGUAUGUGCUUAAGCAUCCGACCUUGUUGAAGAACAUGACUCUUCCUUAUCUAAAGUACCAAAUCUCCUCUUUUGUUAGAUUUUAACUCUUGAAUCUAGUAAAACUUUAUGAUCAUUAACGUAUAUGUUUUGAAUUUUGAAGGGAUAUGACUACUGCAUUCCCAAGCUUUAUAUUCAACACUGAGGUUGAGGACUGAGACAACAACACUGGUUAUCUUUUUUUUCUUGAUUUUUACGUAUAUGUGAGGUUGUAAAUGUGAGGUAGCUGAUAUCAAUUGAUGCACGCAUUGUAGACUGUUCCACUGAAAGUAAAUAAAGCAUUUUUUUCUAUCUA